AUGUCCGACGUCCCUCUUUCUGAAUGCCUUCCAAAGCCAGAAGAACCUAAAGAACCAGCCCCUGCACCUCAGUUCCAGCAAGUACCUCCGAAUUUCUACCAAUUUCCACCUCAAGGUUACUACCCACCACAAGGCUUCCCGAACUACCCUCCUCCUCAGCCUAUGCCUUACUUCCCCAACCCUUGGAUGUUCCAGCAAUUCCAAUCUCAAUACAAAUCGAAGAGAGACCAAGAGUUCGAAGAAGGUCUGAACCGUUUACGCAAAGAUUAUGCUACAGCUCCAAUUGAGAGAAAGUUGUUCCCGGACCAAAAAAUAAUGUUUAGGGUAGAAGGUUAG